AUGCAUCUAUUAUAUGAUAUUAUAUUUUUUUUUCUAUGUAUUCCAUCCUAUUUAUGUUUAAAUAAUUUUACAUAUAUAUUAUCACAUAUAAAUACAAGUGAAAUAUCUUCAAUAUUACGUUCAAAUGAUAGUAUAUUAACAAAUUCUUUAUAUGUUCAACGUUUAUCAUUAUCAGGUGUUGAAUUACUUGAUUCAAUUGAAAAAAUUUUAUUAUGGAAUAAUUCUCAAUCAAUUGCUUUUAGUUGGAAUAAAGGUGAUUGUUCAUUACCAUUAGCAUUAGCAUUAAAAUUUAAAUCAAUUAAUAUUAGUAGUCCAAUAUGUUUUUCUCAUAUUGAUAUAUCUGUAAAUAAUAUUUUAAAAUUAUUAGUUACAAAUCAACAAUUAUCAUUAGCAGCUACUUUAUUUAUGAAUCAAUAUUCAUUAACUUAUUUUUCAAUAAUUAUAAGUGAAUCAAGUGAUUUUUAUCUUAAUCUUGCACAAGAAUUUUCAAGUUAUUUAACAGAAAAUAAUUUAAUACUUGAACAAAUUUUACUUAAAUCAAAUUUUCCACCAUCAUCAAGUUCUUUACGAAUCUAUUAUAUAUUAUGUUCAUAUGAUGAUGAGAUUAUCUUAUAUGAUCAAAUUGUAUCAUAUUCAAAAUCAAAAUCAACAACAAACAAUAUUGUUUUUAUAUUUCUUCGUUGGUCACCUCAUUUUAUUAGUUUUUAUACAACACAAUAUUUACCAAAUACAACAUCAAUUGGAACAUCGGAUUUAUUUCCUAUUCUUCAUCUUUUACCAAUAGAUAUUGGUUCAACUAAUAAUUUUAAUGAUAUUAUUUUAAAUUAUGAACAAGAAAUUCUUUCUGAUACAUUGAAUAUAACAUUUAGUGAUGAUAUAAUUUUUAUUUUAAAUGAACUUGAAAGUGUAGAAUAUCUUCAACAAUCAUAUUUAUCAUCAUUUCUUACAUCAAUUACUUUAGAUAGUACAUAUCAACGUUUAUUUAAAUAUUUAUUAAUUGGUAGACAAUGUAAUUAUACAUGGACAAUAUUUAAAAAAAUUGAUACAAUAAAUUCAAUAUUUGAAAAUAUUGAUACAAAUUUAAAUUUAUGUACAAAAAUUAAUUAUCCAAAUCUUGAUACUAUAACGAAUAAUGAUACUGGUUGGCAAAUUCUUCGAAUUGUACUUUUUUCAUUAUUAGGAGUUGUAUUAGCAUGUGCAGCUGUACUUAUUGCUUUUUUUGUUAUGAGAGCUCGACGUGCUCGAAAACAAAUGUCCAAAGGUCCAAAUAAAAUAAUUCUAUUACCAGAUGAUUUAAUGUUUGUUAUGCCUAAAGGAUCAAUAUUUACGAGCAAAGUUAAUUUAAGAAAUGAAGUACAUGAAAGAAGUAAUUUAUCAAUACGUAGUGAAGAAUUUCGUGCAGGUAAAACAGCACGUUAUAAUGGUGAUUUAGUUGAAGUUAAACAAUUACAUAUUGGUCCAUUAUCACUUCGUACGAAAGUUAUGCGUGAAUUACGACAAUUAAAAGAUUUACGUCAUGAAAAUCUAAACACAUUUCUUGGACUUUAUAUUGAUCAAAAUGCACCGGCAUUAGUUUUUGAAUAUGGAGAUAGAGGCAGUUUAGAAGAUAUUCUUAAAAAAGAAGAAAUAAAACUUGAUUGGAAUUUUAAAUGGUCAAUGCUCAAUGAUCUUGUUCGAGGCAUGCGUUAUUUAUCAAAUUCUUCAAUACGUUGUCAUGGAAAUUUAAAAUCAAGAAAUUGUAUUGUUGAUUCACGUUGGGUAUUGAAAAUAACUGAUUAUCGUCUUAAUGAAAUGUAUGCUUUACAAAAUGCACCAAGACAAAUUGAUAUAGCUGAUCUUUUAUGGAUGGCACCUGAACAUGUUCGUACAACAAUUAUUAAAAAUGAUGUUGCAACAGUUAUAACAAGUUCAGCAGCAGGUGAUGUAUAUAGCUUUGGUAUUAUUAUGCAAGAAGUUAUUUUACGUGGACCACCAUAUUGUAUGCUUGAUCUUACACCUCAAGAAAUAAUUGCUAAAAUAAAAAAACCACCACCAUUAUUAAGACCUUCAGUAUCAAAACAAACUGCACCACCGGAAUAUAUUAAUUCAAUGAAACAAUGUUGGGCCGAACAACCAGAAUCAAGACCAUCAUUUAAUGAUCUUGCUCAAUCAAUUAAAUUACUUAAUGGUGGAAAAAAAGUAAAUAUUGUUGAUACAAUGUUUAAAAUGCUUGAACAAUAUUCAAAUAAUUUGGAAGAUUUAAUUCGUGAACGAACAACACAACUUGAAGAAGAAAAGAAAAAAACUGACAAACUUUUAUCACAAAUGUUACCACCGAGUGUUGCUGAUAGUUUAAAAUCUGGUAAAGCAGUUGAAGCUGUAUGGUAUGAAUGUGUAACAAUUUAUUUUUCUGAUAUUGUUGGAUUUACGACAAUAUCAGCAUUAAGUAGUCCAAUGGAAGUUGUUGAUUUAUUAAAUGAUUUAUAUACAAUGUUUGAUUCAAUUCUUGAAGAUUUUGAUUGUUAUAAGGUUGAAACAAUCGGUGAUGCAUAUAUGGUAGUUAGUGGUCUUCCAAUUCAAAACGGAACAAAACAUGCAUCAGAAAUAGCUACGAUGGCAUUAACACUUUUACAUGCAUGUGGUAAAUUUAAAAUACGUCAUAUGCCUGGUGUACCAUUACGAUUACGUAUUGGUCUACAUUCUGGUGCAUGUGUUGCUGGUGUUGUUGGUCUUAAAAUGCCUCGAUAUUGUUUAUUUGGUGAUACAGUUAAUACAGCAUCACGAAUGGAAUCGACAAGCAUGGCUUUUCGAAUUCAUUCAAGUGAAACAACUGCUGGUUUAUUAGAAGCAAUUGGUGGAUUUCAUUUAGAAUAUCGUGGUAUUACAGAAAUUAAAGGUCGAGGUAAUUAUAAAACUUAUUGGCUUUGUGGGAGUGAUGGUUUUGAUAAAGAAUUACCACAACCAGUUAUUUCUGAAAAUAAUCAUGGUCUUGACCAAGAACUUGUUCGAUUAGUUGAAGAAAGAAGAGCACAAGAAUUAGAAGCUGCUAAAAAUAAAGCAAUAAAUAAUGAAAUUCAAGUGAAACCUAUUAUUGAAGCAAUGUCCGAAAAAAAAUCUGUAUCAUCAGCAGUACCUGCAAUUUCCUCUUCGACUAAAAUGCAUAAUCAUAAGAAAACAGAUGAUUUAUUAAGAUUUACACCACCACCAUCUAAUCAACAAACACUAUUUACAUCAAAUUCAAAAGCUCAAAAUAUGACUUCAACUGAACUUCCAUCAAAAUUACAACAACAUAUGAAUGGACCUAAUGGUCCUGUACGAAAGUCAACGAAAGUAAAAUGGUGA